ACAUCUGAAGAAUGAGUCACCACGCUGCUCCAUCCUGCCCAGAAGUUUUAUGAAUGUGCUGCCCACAGGAAAAUGACGCCUUGUAUCUGAUAAAAUAAGGGCUUUCUGUUCUCAACUUAUUUUAGAUGUGCAGGAGAAAGGACUACAUUUGCCAAGAAGUUCACAGUGGGGGGAGUGUUGAAAGACUUCAUGAUAUGCCAACACUAGGCACUGUGCACUUGGUCCUGCUGGAGACAUGUCUACUGUUGCUGUUCUGUGCCCAAAGUUUUACUGAUACAAAUCCAAGUGACGUUUGUAAAACAUGCCAUCCGAAUGCCACAUGUAUAGGAAAAGAUAACAAAUAUUCCUGUAUGUGUAACUUUGGACUGAUUGGAAAUGGAAGGACACAUUGUUUGGAUAAAAAUGAAUGCCAAAUAGGAGCACAUAAGAUAUGUGGAGACCACACAGCCUGUCAUAACACACAUGGAAGCUACUAUUGUGUCUGUCUGAAAGGGUACCGACCAUCCAAUAACCAUGAAAACUUCAUACCCAAUGAUGGCACUUUUUGUACAGAUAUCAAUGAGUGUGAAGAUUCCAAUAUCUGUGGGGUUAAUGGGAAAUGUAAAAAUAUUCCUGGAAGUUACGAAUGCUACUGUAAGGAAGGCUUUAGUAUAGAAAACGGUACUGGACCAUUUCAGACUCUCGACGGAAAAUUUUUGUGUAAAGAUGUCGAUGAGUGUGAAGAUCCCAAUAUCUGUGGGGUUAAUGGGAAAUGUAAUAAUAUUCCUGGAAGUUAUGAAUGCUACUGUAAGGAAGGCUUCACUUUACAAAACGGUACUGGACCAUUUCAGGCAAAUGGUCAAUCUUUAUGUAAAGAUAUUGAUGAGUGUAAAGUUCUUGAAACCUGCGGUGAUAACGGUCUGUGUAAAAAUAUUCCUGGUAGUUUUGAAUGCUCCUGUAAAGAAGGCUACAAGCUUCAAAAUAGCAUAAAAACUCAAAGCAAACAUAUCAAUUUUACUUGCCAAGCUGUUGACUGUGGCCAGCCUCCAGUUCUUCCCAACACUGAAAUAGCCCUAUCAGGAGCUACAACGUUCUCCAGCCAAGUGACUUACACAUGUAUUUCUGGAUUCCUUCAACAUGGCCACAACAUAUCUGUCUGCACUGCUAAUGGAACUUGGGAAGGGGCCACUCUGGUUUGCACAGCUAUAGACUGUGGAACACCAGUGGCCAUGGUAAAUGUUGUAAUCCAUGCAUAUAAAAGCACCACAUUUGGAAGCAUUGUGACAUUUACAUGUGCAAAAGGAUUUAUUGCAGUGAGUGGUGAUAAUUCCUCUGUAUGCAGCAAUACAGGACACUGGGAAGGAGCUGAUCUUGAGUGUAAAGCUAUAGACUGUGGACCACCAGUGGCCAUGCAAAAUACUGUAAUCCACAUAUUUAGCAGUACCACAUUUGGAAGCAUUGCGACAUUCACGUGUGCAAAAGGAUUUAUUGCAGUGAGUGGUAAUAAUUUUUCUGUAUGCAGCGAUACAGGACACUGGGAAGGAGCUGAUCUUCACUGUAAUGUUGCUGAUUGCGGGCCCCCACCAUCCAUCAAUCACACAAAACCUGGUUUACCAUGGAAUACUACCUAUGGAAACACUGUCAACUAUGAAUGUUUACCUGGCUUUGUAAUGAACAGUGGAAAUAAAACUGUCACCUGUACUGAAAAUGGAAAAUGGGUAGGAGGCGGCAUUAUAUGCAGAGAAAUAGACUGUGGUCCACCACCAAUAGUUCAAAAUACGGAAAUGAAAUGGAAUAGAGAAACAAGUCUUGGGAGUGAGGUUCGGUAUAUAUGUCAGAAAGGCUUUUAUAAUGCUGAAAUUUGGCAUGUGUCAAAAUGUACUUCAAAUGAAACAUGGGAAAACGUAACUUUUCCCUGUACAGAGGUUGACUGUGGAAUGCCUUAUAUGAUUGAAAAUGCUGAAUGGAUGUGGAAUAAUCGGACCACCCUGGGAAGCAAUGUCCAUUAUAAGUGUAAGCCUGGAUUUACUGACAAUGGCAAGAAAAACUUUUCUGUAUGCCUUGAGAAUACCACUUGGGAAGAAGUGAAUAUGACCUGCUCAGUAAAAGAAGAUCUAAUAGCCAACCUCAUCAUUGUGAAUAAAACCUGCCUGCAAUGGCAGAAAAGUUUGGAUAUAUUUGGUUGGGAGAUUUUGUACAAGUUCAGUAUACAUGGUAUAAGGUGGAACAACAAAGACUUUGUUGACAACAAGAGUUUGAACUACACUACAGACAAUGAUAAUCCAAUUGUAUGCUUGGAUCUUCUUCCUGACACUAACUACACAGUCUCUAUGGUGGCUAUCACGCCUGCUCUUCCGGCCAUACAGCUCAAUGUAAUGGUGAAAACAACUAUGCAACAUUCAUUUGGUGACAUUGUUGUGUUGAAUAACUCAUGCCUGACAUGGACAAGGAGUUCUUUAGCAGAAAGAUCACCUGAGGUGUAUACAGUGUUUAUCCAAGGAAGGAUUUUGUCUUCAGGAAGUUUACUCCAGAGCAUAAUGUUUAAUUUCAGCACAGACAAAGUAACUCCGGUGCUAUGUCUGGAUUUGCCAUUUGCAGCAGAAUACUUUGUUAAUAUUACAGAGUCAUCCACAGAACUGUCUGCAUAUACUUACAUAAACAUAACAAGAGAUGAAACAGAAAAUUCUACAAAGGAGCAAAUAUUCAAUGAAACUUGUCUGUGGUGGAAUCAUAGUUUUAAUGGGUUACAAGAGAUAUAUAAACUGUAUGUUCAAGGGGAGAGAUGGUCUUCGCAAGAGUUAUUUCAAGAUUUACUGUACAAGAUCAGUACGGACCAUAAUAUAAGUGCAAUAUGUCUAGAUGUACCUCUGGAUACUCAGUAUCCUUUUAAUGUGACUGGAACAUUUUCCAACCUUGUUGGUGGAGAACCCAUUCAAAACUUAACUGUGUUCAAUGAAACUUGUCUGAGUUGGAGAAGACAUUUUAGGUCAAAAGAGCUCUAUGUGUUUUUUGUCUACGGUUAUAAAAGAAAUGAGAAGAGACUCUCUCAUGAGCUGAUGUUUUAUGUCACCUCAAAUGAGAAACAACCUGUAGUGUGCUUUGACUUCCAAAAGGGCAUUAACUACACAGUGGAUGUUGUGUCAGUAUUUUACCCUCAAUACCCUGUGCAAAUCUCUACCUUUUCCCCAAAUCCAGACACGCCACUUCCUAAACUAAAAAUCGUGCCAGCUUACCGCCAGUUGCCAAAAAUUAGUUUUCAGAGGAAUGAUAGAAGUGGAUCAGUCAGUUCCUACCAGGUGUUCGUGAUCAAGUUGGUCCAUAGGUGCUCAUUUACCUGUGAGUCUUUGGAGGCGGUCACAUACUUUAGUAACAUAUCAAGGACUCAAGGAUAUGUCACUGCCGAGUUUUUCCCAGGAGAUUUUUCUGACCAUGUGGAGUUCUUUGUAGGAGACAGACAAUAUUAUGGCAAAUUCUAUAAUGCUCCUCUAGAGAGAGGGAAGGAUUACUGUGUAAUAUUACGAACUCUAACAAAGAUAAGAACACAAUCAUGUACGGUUAUGGCCCAAGUUAAAGAGCUAUCAGGCAGUUAUCACCACAUGACUGUGGUCUUACUAGGAUCAAUUGCUUUUGCAUGCUUUAUAGUAUUUAUGUCUUACUCACUGGCACGGUGCUGUAAAAGCUAACAAGCAGUUUAGGAUUUUCUAGUGAGCCAUACCAGAAUUAUCUUCAUGUGACAACCUGAAUAUGUGAAGUUCUUUUUAAUCACAGGGAAUGCAAGGCAAAGAAACAGAAUCAUAUGUGGAUAUGUCUGACGACUGUCUUUAAUGCUUACUUUAGGAUGAUGUUUGCAAUGAGAAUGUUGUAUUUAGUGAUGAAAAGUAGGGGCCAUAUUUGAAUUAGCGAUAUUUUGCGAAUAUAUGGACGUAUAGUCGUCCUAUGCUCCUGACAUUCGCAUAUUCGCAAUGUUCAUUCUCUUUAUCUUUCAAAUCUUGCAAAAAUUUGUGAUGAAAUUCAAUUUCACUUAUAUCUUUCACCUAAAAAAAGGGAGGGAUCAGUGUCCUCUGGAAGUGCAGAUAUUUGCAUAAAUAUUUGCAUAAAUUUGCAUAAAAAUAUAUUCGCAAAAUCUCGAAGUGACGAUAUUUGCGGUAAAAAAUUGCAUUUUGAAUAUUUGCGCUCAACACUAGUUGUAUUACCUACAUUGGUAUCAUAGAAAUGAUGAGUGUCUGCUCAUGAGAUCCAGAAAUCUCCAGUGGUGACACAUUUAUCAUGGUACAGCAAAGUCAUUGACUAAAUAGGCAGAGAGGGUAUUUUUGGCUAAAAUGCUCUGUCCUACAAGUCCUGGCAAACACAUGAAACCACUAGAAACCACUACAUUUAGAAAAUGUUCACUCAGUUUAUAUACUUCACAGCAAAACCACAAAUCACUGACAUGACACAAAAUAAUGUUUGUUUAACCCCUUGGUGACUCAUGUUGUAAAGCUGAAUAUUAAGGCUUCAUAAAACAAAUACAAGUAAAUUAUUUUCAUUAAAGAGUACCUGUCACCAAACUAAACUUUUAAUAUAUUGUUCCUUAUGUAAUUAUAAGACACUUUACUAUGCACUUGCUGUUAAAAUUCUCAACCUUUAUGUUUUUGAUGUGAUUAAAAAAAACGGCCACUAGGUGGCUCUGUUCUGUUCCCUGCCGCAAGUCAAACAGUUAAAUUGAUCUCCUCCCGGCCUGGCAGGAGACCAAACUCAGGAAGUGCAUGCAAGGCACAGCUCUCACAGGCUUCAGUAACGUCUGCUGAUAAUACACAGCUUUUUACAGAUCGGAAAUUUUUUUUAAGGGCAGGAGGGUAGUCAUGAGUAAUUAAGUUAUAUAAUCUGAAUUAGUUUAGAAAACAUGGUUUGAUCACAGGUACUCUUUAAUGGCAGGGUUUUCUCCAGAUCAAUCAGAGGGAACAGUUAAGGCAGUGUUUCCCAACCAAGGUGCCUC